UUGUGUUUGCCAGGCUAUAUUCCGGGAGAUGGGCAGUGGAGGGGCAAGAGACCAGUCCAGAAACCUGAGGGCCUCCCCUGGCAGGCAGUAUGAGAUGGCAUAUCAGCUACCAAAAUCAGGCAGUGCAGAGCAAACUACAGGCCAGGGAAAGAAAGGGAAGAAGAACAGGAACCAACCAUUGUCCCCUGCCGCUCAGCACAAUGAAUCUGGUCAGAAUAGCGUGGGAAUCAAGCACAAGAAGAACAAAAAUAAAGGGGCAGAAAACAAACCAUCAACAAAUGUAACGAUUACCACACCGGCCAGCUCACAGGAAUCGGACCCAGAUGUGACCUCCCUUGAAGUGACCGUACCAAAGGCAGAGCACAUGUUCAUAGUUGGACCACAGAGGAGUCAUAUUCGAGAGAUUAGAGAAGCAACAGGGGUCAAGGUCAUAGUCCCUCCCUACAACUCCCCGUCCGAUAAGAUCACCCUCAAGGGAGAUAAGCUGCAACUCGGCCCAGCCCUUAAUCUCCUGUUUCUUAGAAGCCAGGAAGCACAAAUGGCAUUCCAUAGAGGAGCUUCAAAUCAGAGUCCCAGAUUUAACGAAAGCUUGAUGCAAGGUCAAGGUCACAACUCUGCAAUUGGCAAGCACCCUGACAAGACUCCUGCACCACCACAAGGACGUCAUUUGUCGGGUGAAAAUGUCUACGUUGUGCAAGAUGCCUUAGACACUGAGAGAUAUAAAGUCAAAGGCAAAACUCCUACAAGUCAGGGUCAAGUUCAGAGGUCAGACCACAAGAACUGGAGACAGCCGGGUUACCAUGGCAGCCAUCAGCAUGGUGGUGGUCAUCACAAGGGGAAAGGCCCCCAUGUACCAGUAUAUCAGGAGAUGGCUGGUCAUGGGCACCAUAUGAGUCACACCCCGCAGAAAGGUCAUGGUGGAAAUCAAGGUCAAGCUCAAGGUAGUGCAGGCAAAGGUCAAGGGCAAAGGCAAAGGAAAAGACAGCAAGUAUUUGCUGAGUAUCUGACACGGGAAGAACUCUCAGCAGGUCUUAAGACAGGUACUCUCAUUGAAGGGGCCAUCAGGAUCAACCCUAAGAACUAUGAGGAGGCAUACGUCCCCCACCCUGAUGGGACAUCAGACAUUCUGAUAUCCUCAUUCAAGCACAGGAACCGUGCCCUCAAUGGGGACGUUGUUGCUGUUCAACUGCUAGAAGAGGGGGAAUGGAAGUUCAACAAGGAUGAGCUUGCGAGUUAUGAGAACGAUUUGAACAAGUCAAGUAUUGGUCAGAAUUCCGAUGACGAAAUUGUCAUCGAGGCAGAAGAAAUUGUCGAAAUCUCAGUCUUAAACCAGCCUAGUCAUGGGGGCCAGAAAGCUGCAACAGGAAGUACUCCUGCAUCCCAGACUCCUAAACGGGAGAGCAGCAAGGGGGAGGACUCUAAACCUGAUUGCUCCAAGGGAGGUAAAUUCACUCCUAAAAGCAGAUUUACCACCCUGAAUGAUGUGAUGUCGGGGAACAGUCCUGUGAAGAAGAGACUUAGCUGUGAUCAAGGGAAUGUGGACGUGAAAAAGAUGCUUCAAAGGACAGGCAAGGUUGUUGCCAUUAUUGAGAGGAAGCACUCACGUGCAUGCACAGGACAAAUCCGCCCCAUGCAGGACAAGCAUUGUGGGAGGGCCUUGUUUGCACCCAACGACCACCGCAUGCCCAGGAUCAUGAUCCCCAUAGAGAACUGCCCCAAAGACUUCUUGGGGCGCCCUGACGACUAUGCCAGGAAUCUGUUUGUUGCCAGGGUAACAGACUGGAGGUCUGACUCUAUGAUGGCAGACGGUUGCCUCCACAAGAGCCUGGGUGAAGCAGGGGAGGUGGAACCAGAAACAGAAGGCAUGCUUAUUGAAAAUGGAGUAGACUAUGAUGAAUUUCCGCAACAGGCCUUGGACUGCCUGCCUCAAAAUCUUCCGUGGCGUAUCCCUGAGUCAGAGAUGGAGGAGCGGGAAGAUUUCCGCCGUCAGUGUGUGUUCACAAUUGACCCUGCCACUGCACGUGACCUUGAUGACGCAUUGUCAUGUGAGGAUCUCGGAAACGGCAGGUACAAAGUUGGGGUGCACAUUGCUGAUGUGAGCUACUUUGUUGAUGAAGAAACAGUGUUGGACAGAGUAGCUGCCCUUAGGUCCACCAGUGUGUAUCUUGUGCAUAAGGUGAUACCCAUGUUGCCAAGGCUCCUGUGUGAGCAGCUGUGCAGUUUGAACCCUGAUGAGGACCGACUGACCUUCAGUGUGCAGUGGACCAUCACAGAGAAUGGGGAGAUCGAGGACGAGUGGUUUGGGCGCUCGAUUAUUCGCUCAUGCGUGAAGCUGGCCUAUGACCAUGCCCAGGGCUUCAUUGAGCAACCAGAGCGGGACUGGGGCCAGCAGGAGUUGCCUCCUCUCUCAAAGGGUUACACCGUGGACGAUAUCAAGUCUCGAGUACUCAACCUGCACAAGAUUGCAGUGAAGCUCCGUGCAGGCCGUAUGUCCAGUGGGGCCCUCCGUCUAGACCAGGUUAAGUUACAGUACAGCCUGGACAGAGAGACUGGCCUGCCCAACGGCUACACUGUGUACCAGCAGAAGGACAGCAAUAAGCUCGUGGAAGAGUUCAUGUUGCUGGCCAACAUGGCAGUGGCACAUAGGAUCAACAGGGAAUUCCCUGACAAAGCGUUGCUACGACGACACCCCCCACCCCAGGAGAAGAUGCUAGAGACUCUGCGCGACCAAUGCAGUGCCCUUGGGAUUCACAUUGACACGAGCUCCGCUGGAGCCUUCCAGAGGUCACUGCUGAAUUACUAUGGCGAGGAUGACUUCUCCAUGGCUAGAAUGCAGGUCCUGGUGGCACUGUGUUCCAAACCAAUGCAGAAUGCCAAGUAUUUUUGCUCUGGGUCUAUACCGGAUGAGCACAUGUACCACCACUAUGCGCUGAACGUGCCUCUAUACACGCACUUCACAAGUCCGAUACGCAGGUACCCGGACAUCCUGGUGCACAGGUUGCUGGCCGCCUCCCUAGACUACUGUGCUGAGUCUAAAAGAUCCUCAAAGGAGAUACAGAAGUGGGCUGACCACGCCAACGAUAAAAAACUGGCAGCAAAGAGAGUUGGUGACCUGAGCAGCGAGCUCUUUUUCUCCGUCUUUGUCAAGACAGCUGGUCCCCUGGAGGAGAAGGCGAUGGUGAUGGGAGUCAUGGACAAGGCCUUCGACAUCUUCGUGCUGCGCCUUGGGGUCUCCAAGAGAGUCUACUGUGAUAAACUGCCCCUGAAGGAAAAGAUCUUCAGACGAGAGCACAAGGUUCCCAGCCUUGUGUUGGUGUGGCAGGCAGUAGAUGGGGAACCAGAAGUGAGGCAAGAAAUCACUAUUUUCACCGUGGUGGACUGUGUGCUGGCAACUGGGGAUCUCCCAACAACAUGGACGGCAGUUGUGAAGCGUCCAGAACCACACAACUUUGAUGCCUUUGGGUUGAUGGGUGGGGCAAAUCAGCAGAUGGGUGGGGCAUUUGAGCAGAUUAAAAGGGCACAUCAGCACAAUUCCCUGGAGGGAGGAUUGGAAGGAGGUGGGACAGGGGACCUGGCUGACAGGGAGAUGGGGCAUAACGAUGAAGAGUUGUCAAGGGCUACCGAGGCACUGAGUUUGAAUGCUGAACAUGGGAAAUGAACGUCAAUUCAUAAUGAAAAUUCAUAUAUGAAAGUUAUAAGCCAAAAAUGAAAAAUUACUCUUAACUGAAUGUGAGCUUAAAAUAUUAUUGAUACAUUGAGAUUUGAUAAGUGUUGGUGUAUACUUUAUACAAUCAUCACUAAGAUGUGACUAAAGAAUCUUCAAACAUGGGCCCAGAUGUUAUGUCCUGUUGUGUUCUAAGUACCGGUAUGAAACAUAGACAAUUUAGUGUGAUGUCAGUGAUAUUUCUCUAUUGAAUUAUACUUAUUGUUCAAGAUUUGUGUGCUUCUGAAAAUGCCAAGUGCAAUGAAUGUACUUGUCAGUAUUGUCAUUGUAUCUCGUGUAAAAAAAUAUGAGCUUAACUCUGGGAAGACUGAGCUGAAUGCAUGUGCGUAAUGUGUCGUCCCUGAUUAGCCUGUUCAGCCUGCACAGGCUAAUCAGGGACGACACUUUCAGCUUUUGUAGUAUUUAUAUGUUGAAAGAAAGUCUCUUUUUAGCCAAAAUCCAGUCUAGGCAGAAAGUGUAGUCUGUGAUCCAGUCUAGGCAGAAAGUGUAGUCCGUGAUCCAGUCUAGGCAGAAAGUGUAGUCCGUGAUCCAGUCUAGGCAGAAAGUGUAGUCCGUGAUCCAGUCUAGGCAGAAAGUGUAGUCUGUGAUCCAGUCUAGGCAGAAAGUGUAGUCCGUGAUCCAGUCUAGGCAGAAAGUGUAGUCCGUGAUCCAGUCUAGGCAGAAAGUGUAGUCCGUGAUCCAGUCUAGGCAGAAAGUGUAGUCCGUGAUCCAGUCUAGGCAGAAAGUGUAGUCCGUAAUCCAGUCUAGGCAGAAAGUGUAGUCCGUGAUCCAGUCUAGGCAGAAA